CAGGAUCCAACGACUCCCUUUCUCCUUUCUCCAUCUUGCUUACUGGGAGACAUUAUGGCCCCCAAAGACAUAAUGACCAACACUCAUGCUAAAUCCAUCCUCAAUUCAAUGAACUCCCUCCGCAAGAGCAACACCCUCUGCGACGUGACACUGAGAGUAGAGCAGAAAGACUUCCCUGCGCACCGCAUUGUGCUGGCUGCCUGCAGCGAUUACUUUUGCGCCAUGUUCACUAGUGAGCUUUCUGAGAAGGGGAAACCUUAUGUUGAUAUCCAAGGUUUAACUGCUUCUACCAUGGAAAUUCUACUGGACUUUGUGUACACAGAAACAGUACAUGUGACAGUGGAGAAUGUGCAAGAACUGCUCCCUGCGGCCUGUCUGCUUCAACUGAAAGGUGUGAAACAAGCCUGCUGUGAGUUCUUAGAAAGUCAGUUGGACCCUUCGAAUUGCCUGGGUAUCAGGGAUUUUGCCGAAACUCACAACUGUGUUGACCUGAUGCAAGCUGCUGAGGUCUUUAGCCAGAAGCAUUUCCCGGAAGUGGUGCAGCAUGAAGAAUUCAUUCUUCUAAGUCAAGGAGAAGUGGAAAAGCUAAUCAAGUGUGAUGAAAUUCAGGUGGACUCUGAAGAGCCUGUCUUUGAGGCUGUCAUCAACUGGGUGAAGCAUGCCAAGAAGGAGCGAGAAGAAUCCCUGCCUGACCUGCUCCAGUAUGUCCGGAUGCCCCUGCUGACCCCUAGAUACAUCACGGAUGUUAUAGAUGCUGAGCCUUUCAUCCGCUGUAGUUUACAAUGCAGGGACCUAGUUGAUGAAGCAAAGAAGUUUCAUCUGCGGCCCGAGUUGCGAAGUCAGAUGCAGGGACCCAGGACAAGGGCUCGUUUAGGAGCCAAUGAAGUGCUUCUGGUGGUCGGGGGCUUCGGAAGCCAGCAAUCUCCCAUCGAUGUGGUGGAAAAAUACGACCCAAAGACUCAGGAGUGGAGCUUUUUGCCAAGCAUCACUCGUAAGAGACGUUAUGUGGCCUCAGUCUCCCUGCAUGACCGGAUCUACGUCAUCGGUGGUUAUGAUGGACGUUCCCGCCUCAGUUCAGUGGAAUGUCUAGACUACACAGCAGAUGAAGAUGGGGUCUGGUAUUCAGUGGCUCCUAUGAAUGUGCGACGGGGCCUUGCUGGAGCCACUACCCUGGGAGAUAUGAUCUAUGUCUCUGGAGGCUUUGAUGGAAGCAGGCGUCAUACCAGUAUGGAGCGAUAUGACCCCAACAUUGAUCAGUGGAGCAUGCUGGGAGAUAUGCAGACAGCCCGGGAAGGCGCUGGACUGGUGGUGGCCAGUGGGGUGAUCUACUGUCUUGGAGGAUAUGAUGGCUUGAAUAUCUUAAAUUCUGUUGAGAAAUAUGAUCCUCAUACAGGACACUGGACUAACGUCACGCCGAUGGCCACCAAGCGCUCUGGUGCAGGAGUAGCCCUUCUAAAUGACCAUAUUUAUGUGAUGGGGGGAUUUGAUGGUACAGCCCACCUCUCUUCUGUUGAAGCAUACAACAUUCGCACGGAUUCCUGGACAACUGUCACCAGUAUGACCACCCCACGAUGCUAUGUAGGGGCCACAGUGCUGCGGGGGAGACUCUAUGCAAUUGCAGGAUAUGAUGGGAAUUCCCUACUGAGUAGCAUUGAGUGCUAUGACCCUAUCGUCGACAGUUGGGAAGUCGUGACAUCCAUGGGAACCCAGCGCUGUGAUGCUGGGGUGUGUGUUCUCCGAGAGAAGUGACCAUUGGAGCAUCAUCCAGAGCUAGUGACCAGUCCCAGGGGCAGUGUGAGGGACAAUGGCGGAUCCUUUCCAGAAUGUCUAUUUCUCACUUGUGUGCACAGGGCAAUUACAAGCACCGGUGCAAUAAUGGCUGUACUUAUUUGACCCCACUCCCCUGCGCCAUGGCACUUUCCCCGGAGAAGGGUGGCUACAGACACGCAAGGAAAGACAGUGCACGUUGAACGGAUGUGGAGACUCCGGACAGCUCUCCGUCAUGGUCUGGGGAGCACUUUCCCUUUCCGUGUGCUUGGGAGACUAUCUACAUGUUGUGCCUCGUGUGUUGCAGAGAGGUCAGGUGACUCUGACCUACUCAACUGGACGGAUACCAACGUGAACUAAGCUUAGGACACGCUCUUUAAGACUUUUUUUAUCCCCUCUGGGAACAAACAUCUUCUGUAGUCCACAGGUAGCUAAGGGCACCACACUUCCCUUCUGGAGGAGAACAAAGGGGGCAUCUCCUAUUAAAACUUUGGGUGUUGUGAGGAGAGGUUCAUCUGGCACUCACUAAGGGGACAGGGUUAGUAUCUGAAGUUAGAGAGGAAGUGAACUGGGAGUGAACCAAGAACACCACUGACUAUCACCUGGGAGACUGAGAAGGGUGUUUUAUUAGAAGGAUCUCCUCUUUCCCCAAGGUUUUUCCAAAGUAAGUUACUACAUAUCUCGACACUGAGAGCCCAUCUGAGAAUAACCGAGUUGAACACAUGGGGGGAUGAGAGGAGAGGGCGUACAUGGGAGUUACAUGCCUAGGAAUAAACUAGAAGCAGCUGUGAUUUUACAGUCAUCUUACUCCCGCCAGGCUUCAUCCGGCCAGCGCAAGGCUUCCCUAGAGUGGGUGGGAGACUGUCUUCCUUUGUUGAAUCAAACACUACGACAUGGUUACAUUUCUGUACUAUUUAUUUUCAGAUGGGAUGGUGUGACAGCAGCCUCAGUUCAGCUACCUGAUUAGGGCCCCAUUCUAUUAAGGGCACACUUCCACUAAAGAGUGGUUUUUACUGCUGUUUGGUACAAUUAGGUCUUUGCUCCUAUAAGGUUCCCUUCCCUGGCCUGAGAGAGGGUUUUAUUCAUCCUGGUACAAUUAGUUAUUAUCCUAGAACAAUCAAGGAGAACCAAAGCUCUUGUGCUAGUUCCAGUACCUCUGUUGUCACCAUUUCUGAGCUACCCGUCAAAGCUGCUGUGUGUGGGGGGGAGUGAGAUUUCUGCUUUAUGGGUAUAGGAUGUGUGGGAUAAUAACCUAAACAAGGAUGCACUUUCCCUUUGCUCUGAAAUUCCAUCCCCCCACCCCCUACCUUCUGCAAGUUGUGUUGACCCACAGAGUUCAUUUCCUUUGUAUUUUUUUAAGAAAAAAAUUAAAAAUCAGCUGACUCAA